AUGCUGGAAAGAUUAGCACUGGAAGAACUAGAUGAUGAAGAAAUUUUCGAAUUUUCUCCGAAAAUUCAAAAUUCGACGGCGAGAACUGAAGAAAGGUUGCAGGUUUUGGCGAAGGUGAGAAAAACCCUUUUUGCACAAAAAAUGCGCCAGCAAAUGGUUUGCUGACGUAAAUUUGGUGCAUUUUGAUACUAAAUGAGGUGAAAAUAUUCAAAAAAAAAUACCAGAUUUGAAAAUCUUGAUUUUCCCGCUAGAACUCACCUACUAUGGCCUAGAAACCCAAAAAAUGGCCUAGAAAACCUCAAAAAAAAAUUUUUGCUAUGUUUUGACCCCGAAAUGUUUCAAUUUAGCGCAACUUCAAAAAAAAAUUCGAUUUAAAAGUUUUUUCGGGCUCCAGAAUUUUAAAUUGCUCUGUGGUGAGUGAAAAUGACAAGUUUUCGCCAUUUUUUCAACGAAAAAAAAACUUUUUUCAUUUUUUUUCCGGAAAUUUUGGCUUCUAGCCAAUUAUUUUUCCAUUUUCGCCCACUUUUUUUUCGAGAAAAAAAAGUUCAAAAGCACUUUUUUCCUUUUUUUUUCUUUAUUUUCUUGAAAAAAAUCGUAAAAACAUCAAUCUUCCGCCACAUUUCACUAGAUUUGUUGUCAUGGAAAAAAAUUCGGCAAAAAUCUCAUUUUAGCUUUGAAAUACCGUGUUUUUCAUGUAGAAUUUGCAAAAUUUCAUUAAAAAUCGAUAAUUUAUCACUAGAGCGCAUUUACUUCCCCGAAUUCAAAAAAAUUAUUGAUUUUGGAGGUGCAAAUGCGCUCUAAUGAGAAAAUAUUGAUUUUUACACUAAAAAACCGUCGAUUAUCAAUAUUUUCUCCAUAGAGCGCAUUUGCUUGCCCGAAUUCAAAAAAGGUUUGCAGAAUUUCAAAAAAAUGACGUCACCCUCCUCAACUAUUGUUCCUGGACCAGGCCGGCCUUUUGGAACGGCCCGACUUACGCCGGGCCGAAAUUCGGACCGGAAAUUGGACGCACCCGAGCCAAUGAUUGGUGAGUUCUGGAUCCAGGCCUAAAAACUAGGCUUCUAGGCCUGAAAAUUUGGGCUUCCCGGAAAAAUGUGAAUGAAUUUUUCCCACAGAAAAUUGGAAUUCUUAAUCAAAUUUUCUGUAGCUAUUUUUCCGGAGCUCAAAUUUCAAUUUCAAUUUGGCAAAAAGUGAAUUUUUCCUUUUUUUUUUUGACUGAAAAAAAACGAAAUUAGUUUUUCAGUCAAAAAUUGGAGAAAACUUGUUUUUUAGCCAAAAAAAGUUUUUCAGCAAAAAAAAAAUUGACUAUUUUCAGCCAUCGCCUUGUCUGAUAUGGAAUAUUUGAUGAGAUCAGCAAGAUCCAGUAAAUCUAGUGGAAGGUGGGUCAAAAAAAUUCAAUUUUUUUUCAAGUUUCAGCACGGAUUUUCAGCCGGAAUCUGAAAUUACUGAAAAUCAUGCUUGUUAGGCUCAUUUUGCGCAGAAUUUCAAGAGCUACAAAAUGAGCCCAAACACGAUUUUCAGAAAAAUUGAAAUUCGGCUGAAAAUCCAGGCUGAAAAAAACUGAGAAUCUCUCACAAAAAUCUUCAAAACUUCAAUGAUCAAACCAAUUUGUUUCCGUUUCUCAAUUUUCUGCCUCAUUUUCUUUCUUUCCCAAUUUUCCUGAAAAAGGUCUCAUUUUCUCAACAAAAAACAAAUAUUUAUAUGAUUUAUAAUACUAGACCCGAUUUUUAUAUUCCUGAAUUUUUGAGUGCUGAAAAUGAUGACAGGUAUUUUUUAGAGCUCAAAAAUGAGCCCAGAAACUUGAAUUUUGGCCAAAAAUCAAUAGUUUAUCAUUGGAGCGCACUUGCCUCUCCGAAUUCGAAAAAAAGGGCUUAAAAUUGAGCACAUUUUCAUGAUUUUUGGCUCAAAAAUCGAUUUUUGCAGAUCCGAACGACAAUCCGGCUGUACAUGUUGCUGUCACAUUGCUGCCGGAGUUACGGUAAUUCCGCGCUGCGCGCGGUUUACUGUAGAAGGCGGAUUAUCCACGCAUACGUUGAUGAAUCAUUCGGAUAGUGAGUUUUGGGGGGAUUUUUGGAGCCUCCAGGCUUUCCGGCUCAAAAAAUGAUUUUUAGGGGCUGUUUUUUGAGCCCAGAAGCCUGGAAGCUCAAAAAUCACAAAAUUUGGCCAAUUUUGAGCUCUGGAGCCUAUUUCCAAGCUUCCGGGCUCAAAAAACAGCCUAAAACCGAUUUUUCGAGCCCGAAAGCCCCAAAAAAACCAAUUUUCAGACCGAAUUGCUCUAAAAAUCACAUGCUCCGACAAUAAUAUGUAUCGAGUUACACCCGUUUAUGCAACCGUUGAAGCUGGACAAAGUCUACCAUUACAUGUAAGCUUUUUUGAGCUCGGGGCCUGAUUUUAACGUGAAAUUUGGUAUUUUUCUAGAAAAAAUGGUCCCCAGAUGUGAAAUAACCCAAAAACAUCAAAUUCCACAUCAAAAUUAGUGCGCGGUCUCAAAAAAUCGCAUUUUCCAUGACUUUCAGGGUCCGCAGGAUAGAAAUAACCCAAUUUUGACGUAAAAUUUGUGAAAAUUAGGUUAUUUUCGUCCUGGGGACCCUGAAAAUCAUGGAAAAUGCGAUUUUUUGAGACCGGGCACUAAUUUUGAUGUGGAUUUUGAUGUUUUUGGGUUAUUUCACAUCUGGGGACCAUUUUUACUUGAAAAAUCCCCGAAUUUUUGCAGAUCGCUCGAAUCAAAAGCGAUUUAAUCAAGAGAGAUCGUCUAUGUGUGAAUAUUUUGGAAGGUGAAGGAUCGAAAGAGGCUCGCGAGAUUUUUAAGGUAAAUUUCGACCCAAAAUCCAUGAUUUUUGCUCAAUUUUCAGCCAAAAAUCUCGAAUUUUCCAGAAAUCCAACAAUCGAUCGGCCACAAUUAAUGUUGCAUUGGAUGUUACUAUGGAAAAUCAAAAAUAA